AUGUCGGAAGGCGGCGCGGCUCGAGCACUACAUGCAUAUUCGGCCGAUGAACACUUCCUUCUCGAGAAUGCAACCCUUCCACUAAACCCCCGAGAAGAUCAUCAUGCGGAAAACCUACUUCACUUUCUAUCAAAGCGCACCCCUCCCAAGACAGUUGAAGAGGGCGCUCGAAAAGCGGAGUCGGAGUUGCUAUGUUAUUUUGGAGCCGAUAAUGCCCCCACCCAAGCAACCUGGAAGGAGGAAGAUUUAAACAGAUGGUAUUCGGAUACGAACUACUACGACGAUGAGUGGGAUAAGCCACCAGAUGGGAUCUCUCUUACCGGUAAAACGCUUGCCAGGGAGAUGGCGGCUUUGAAAAUUCCGACGAAAAUCGGAGACCGCGGGCUGCAAAAGUUUCACUGGAGGCAGGAUAAGAGAUUUGAGUACAAGGGCGAACAAUCUGACGCGACGAAUGGAUUCUAUAAGGGUGUAAUGAGUGUCGAGAGAGGGUUCAUCUCAGCAGAAGACAACAGCAGCCCUAAGCAGGAACCGGAUGACCCUCACCCACCUCUUUACAAGAUGUCGGAUGUCUACUUCCUUGAAUGGCAGAGACAAGCGGGCGGGAGCAACAACGUCAAGAAACUCAGGUAUUUUCUUCGGUACCACGUCGUGAAUCUGGAUACUCUGGCUAUCAUCAAGGAGAUCACGAAUGGAUAUACAACCCUUCAGGAAUGGCCAGGAACCGAGUUCACGAUUUAUAAAAAGGUGAAAGGCCAGGUUCAAGGUACCGAUGAAGGUAAGGCGCUUUUAAGGACUCCCAACGGGGUGGCUGUCGCCUAUUUCCUUCUCACCAAUAAGAGAGUGCUGGGUAAGAGGAUUCCAGAUACAGUGAGAAUCUGGAAGACUCAGGAAGGGCUGAACGAAGAUAUUACUUGGGUUCAUAUGCUGUUUCAUAUUGUUGAGUACAAGGGUAUAUAA